CCGCCAUUUUUCUCUCUUAACAAUUCAUUCUCUCAUUCCACUGUUGAUUUCCAACAUGGAAUUCAGAUCCAAAUCAUGCAGAAAUGAGAGCCUUCAGAUUGGAAGCUACAACAAUGGAGGACGAUCAGGAAGAAGAGCAGUGCAAGAUCUGAGGUGUUACAGUGCAAAUCAUGCGGUGAAGACUGGUAAUAGUAAGAAUAAAGAAUCAAAACCUAAUUGGAAUUUGAAUGAUCCAGAGUUGCAGAGGAAGAAGAGAGUAGCUAGCUACAAGAUUUAUUCUGUUGAAGGCAAAAUGAAAGGAUCUCUUAGGAAGAGCUUCAGGUGGAUCAAGAACACAUGCUCCCAAGCUAUCCAUGGAUGGUGGUGAUUAAUUAAUACUUGGUUUCACGAGUUAAGUACCUUAAUUAAUAGCACUCAUGAAGAACA